AUGGUAAAAAAUUCAUUCAUUUCAGUUAUUUCACAAGAAGAAAAAGACGAAAACAAGGGAUCUGUUGAAUUUCAAAUAGUAAGUUUCACUAAUAAGAUACGAAGACUUACUUCACAUUUUGAAUUGCAUAGAAAAGACUAUUUAUCUCAGAGAGGUUUGCGAAAAAUUCUAGGAAAACGACAACGACUGCUGUCUUAUUUAGCAAAGAAAAAUAGAGUACGUUAUAAAGAAUUAAUUAGCCGGUUGGAUAUUCGGGAAUCAAAAACUCGUUAA